AUGGAGAUCCAGUACCGCGACAGCCUCCCCGAUGAUGUCCGCUCCGGCUUCGACAAAGCUGUAGAAGCCCUACCGCAAGAGCAUCUCCGCGCUCCUGUUACCGGUGACGAAGUGAACAGCCCCGAGGAAGCCCUUCACUGGUUUCUCAAGUGCCCUGAUCUUGGCUUCUCCACGCCAUAA